CCUGCUCUUAGCUGUGGAUCUUCCGUCUCAGGUAGUGUAAGGGAGGGAAGAAAGGAGGGAUGGGAAGCAGAGAAGGAGGGACACAAUCUCACACACUGAGAAAAAGGCACAGAACAAGUUCCCAGCCCAGAGACGGAGACUUAGGAGAAGAGACUGCUAGAGUAGGAGGUGAAGAGGGAAAACAGAAGAAUGACUCACAGGAAGAGGAGCUUCACUUUUGGAGCGUAUGGGGGAGUGGACAAAACCUUUUCCAGGUCAAGAAAUAUUUGGAAACAAGAUGGUAGAAUCCCGCGAAUAUCUGACCCGUUAGAACGUCCUGGUCUGGUCAAGUCCUUUCUACCAUCACCUGCUCCGACUCUUCUAAAGACAUCAGAUAUAUUUGCAAUGAUAGAGCGAAUGCAGAGCAGUAGAAUGGACGAGCAGAGGUGCUCUCUUCCACCUCCUCUCAAAACAGAGGAAGAUUACAUUCCAUAUCCCAGCGUCCAUGAGGUAUUGGGUCGUACAGGCCCUUUACCACUCAUUCUGCUGCCCCAGUUUGGGGGUUACUGGAUUGAAGGGACCAAUCAUGAUUUAGGCUCCUCCUCCACAGCAGAGGAACCGCCCCCUUGUCCCGCAUCACAGGUUAAACUGGAGACAAACAGCAUAGCCAAGAUCUACAGGAAGCACUUCCUGGGCAAGGAGCACUUUAAUUAUUACUCAGUGGACACUGCUCUGGGCCACCUGGUCUUCUCGGUGAAGUAUGAUGUGAUUGGAGACCAGGAGCACCUUCGACUGUUGCUUAGGUCAAGAUUUAAAACCUACCAUGAUGUGAUACCAAUUUCUUGUCUGACCGAGUUCCCUAAUGUUGUGCAGAUGGCGAAGCUUGUCAGUGAAGAGGUGAAUGUGGACCGAUUUUAUCCCGUCUUAUACCCAAAGGCAUCCAGACUUAUUGUGACCUUUGAUGAGCACGUCAUCAGCAACAACUUCAAGUUUGGAGUCAUCUACCAGAAAUUUGCGCAGACAUCAGAAGAGGAACUAUUCGGAAACAAUGAGGAAAGUCCAGCUUUUGUUGAGUUUCUGGAGUUCUUGGGAGAGAAGAUUGAACUUCAUGAUUUUAAAGGCUUUCGUGGAGGCCUGGAUGUGACACAUGGUCAGACUGGAAUUGAGUCAGUCUACCACAACUUCCACAAUAAAGAGAUAAUGUUCCACGUGUCCACGAAGCUGCCAUACACUGAAGGUGAUUCCCAGCAGCUCCAGAGGAAGAGGCAUAUAGGAAAUGACAUUGUGGCCAUUGUGUUCCAAGAAGAAAAUACACCAUUUGUUCCCGAUAUGAUUGCAUCAAAUUUCCUUCACGCUUAUGUAGUGGUUCAAGUAGAGAACGCCUGCACUGAUAACGUCCUCUAUAAGGUAUCUGUGACGGCAAGAGAUGAUGUGCCUUUCUUUGGACCAGCCCUCCCAGACCCAGCUGUCUUUAAAAAGAGUCCAGAGUUUCAUGAGUUCCUCUUGACCAAACUGAUCAAUGCUGAAUAUUCCUGCUAUAAAGCGGAGAAGUUUGCCAAGCUGGAGGAGAGGACACGUUUUGCUCUGCUGGAGACUUUAUAUGAGGAGCUACACAUGAACAGCCAGUCCAUGAUGGGACUGGGAGGAGAUGAUGACAAACUGGAGAAUGGAGGAGGAGGCAGCAGUGGCUUCUUUGAGUCUUUCAAGCGAGUAAUCCGCAAUAGAAGUCAGUCUAUGGAUGCCAUGGGCCUCAGUAACAAGAAACCACACACCGUCUCCACGAGCCACAGCGGAAGCUUUACACACAACCCCCCAGACACCACCAAAACACCCGGCAUUUCCUUGAUUAUUCCCGGGAAAAGCCCAACCCGUAAGAAAUCUGGUCCAUUUAGUUCCAGGAGGAGCAGUGCCAUUGGGAUUGAGAACAUACAAGAAGUUCAAGAGAGAAGCAGUCGGGAUGUGUCCCCGAGUCCACAGAGGACAUCUGACGGUGGACACACCACUCAGGACCUCAGAUUAGACAACUCGUCCAGUCAGAGCUCACCUGAGAUGCAGAUCACUAAGAUUGGUUCGGCCCUGUGCUGUCGAGCUCCCUCGAUCCCAGAGUCUCAGGAUCUGUCUCGCUCCUCGUCCAAUGCCAGUAGCUUCACCAGCGUGGUGGAGGAGAACGAGCAGGAACAUGAAGCGACAGAGGACUAUGACACAGGACUGGAGAGUCUUUCUUCAGCCGGUACGCCUCACAAACGAGAUUCGUUUUCAUACAGCGGCGUGUGGUUGGAAGACGGCCCUGGCACUACUAGUCAGAGCAGUUCACACGGUCCCCUUCGACAGCAAUCUGAACCUCGUCCUAAAACAGAGAGACAGCACUCGAACUGCUAGCUGUCCUGUAGGCUGUAGAUGACUUCGUGGAUGUCCAUCAACAGCAUUUUCAUAAGCAGCCCUCUGCAGCGGUCGCUCGAUGUGAGUCCUGAGAUGUGAGACACAGAUGUGAACAGCCUGGAGGCGUACCGUCGGGAAUGUGUGCAUCAGAGUAUCAGCGCGCUCUUGUAAGGACUCGACCCCCUUAUCUUCUAUCAUGUGGCUGUUGGUCUGUAGGCAAAAUAGCAAACCUGCCUGGCUUGUGUUGAAGGCAGAAGAAGAACAGAAGAGCUGCCAGCAGGCGACGAAUCACGCUUGAUUAUGGCCUUAUCAUAGGCUUGAUUGCUUUCUUUCUUUCUGUUCACAGUGGCCCUCAUUGUGUGGGUUUGGGUUUUAUUUGUCAUAUAUUUAUUUAUUUAUUGAGUAGUUCUUUUAGUAACGGGGGUGGUACGCUGUCACAAGCUUUUGGCAUCUUUCAGAAUAACAAAUGAGGUUCAACCUAAACCCAUCAUGCUUAAAAUACACAUGAACCUGCGAAGCACUGUAAAACACAUCUAUGUGUGGUUCUGUUUUGUCGCCUUUUGUGUAAUGUUGUAGAAAAAUGAAUCUAGGUAAACGUUAAAUACUGUUGUUCAGAGUAGUUCUCUAUCUUGUUGUGUCGAGCACCCAAGUCAUUUCCAGUCCCGUCCAAUAAAUGAAGCGUGGGCAUUAUAAUUUAUGAUCAAAUUAAUAGACCAGGUGUGAGAUGCUGUAUACUUUUUAAAUAGUAUUUAUUAAGAUUAUGCUGUUUUACUGAUCAACAUAUUUUGUAUGGCCACAGCUGUUUGUGGUCAGAUUGACACGUGUGUGAACUGUACGCUAAUGUAGUAGCCUCAUGUUUGUAGUUUUAAGUUUUAAAGCUAGCAGUGCAGAUUAAAUGUCUCUCAACUCCACUAUAUUGAAGUCCUGAAGACCUUUUAGUUUAUAUGACAGGUGAGCAAUAUGAAUGUAAAACUGGUGGAUAUGAAUUAUGGAAAACACUAGAUCAGACUAUAUUCAUCUGAUGCUUUAUGCUCAACAGCAGAUGUUGGGCAUUUUAUUUUGUUUUCAAACACAAAUGCGUGUUUCAUUGAUUACAAUCAAAAAUGCCCAUUUUAGAUUAGAUAAUCAAAAUAAUAUUUUAGCUUUUAAACAUAGCACUAUGGUGUUAAUGCUUUCCCAUUCAUCUCAGUGGCUUAUCGGAUACAAUUUUUAAUUUUUUGAGUCAGUCACUUGAGCCAUAAAUGUGAUGAAUUAUUUUGAGCAACUAUCCUAAGCUGCGACAUUAGAACAGAAAGUCAGUCACUGGCAAAAUAUCAAUGCUAAUUUCUGUGUGAUGCAUAUUUUAAAGAAUACUAUGGUAUCUCUAUCAUCAUUACCACAAUUUCAUGCCCAAAAACAUGAAAAUACCUAGGUUCUUUUUUGUAUGACUAAUUUCCAAAUUCGCUUCUUGUUUGAAGAGCUUUUUUUCUCAUAAAUAAUGCGGUUUGGAUGAUUUCAGGGGUGAUGCUUCUAAAUGUUUCUGGAAAAGUUAAAAUAUUUUAGGCUGGCUGAAUCCAUACUCGAGCUGUGUCAGUUCCCGAAGUCUCUGCUGAUUGGUCAAACUGUUCAUAAUGUGUUUGCACAUGCUAGAAACAUGAAGCACAAACUUGUUCCAAACAAACACCGACUGCUUUCUGCAAGUGAUUGUGUUCUCCUUUACAAGUGCUUAUUAUGCUACUUUUAUGAAAUGUUUCUCUGUAAAUACAUUUUCUCCUUUUUUUGUAAUAAAACAAAAGAAAUUGUUUAAUAAAGAUCAGAAGGGUUCA